AUGGCUUCAGAGGAUCACUACAAACACGCAAUAUUACUCUACGCCCGUCUCAAGGCUGAAGCCGGCGACUACCCGCACUGGAAUGGAUUACACAUCUACGACAUGAUCAAGGAGGGUGUUAGCGACGAACACAUCAAAGCCGAGUGGAGUGGUACUGUGUUGAUGUAUCGAGACUCAUCGGGCGGAGCGGCAGACGUCUUUUCGCGCUUGAGUCGUUUCGGUGUUACUCGUCAUGGCAUUGACCAAAAUUUUGUCGCAGAAUGGAUGGAAGAUGGAAUGUCAGAACGAACCAUCGCCUUGCAGUACCUUCUAUCUCCACUGGAGCCAACUAUCGAGGAUGUAAAGGCAUGCUUAGCUGAGCUCCAACGUCAAAUGGGCCCUUGUCCAUCGAUGACAGAAGAGUAUAUCCGCAGAUGCAUGGAAGACCGUACCCUUGGCGAAGACCUUGCUAUGGAGUAUGCAAAGCGCCGACAAGAAGCGCAACUGGCAAAUCAAACAGACGUUCCACACCCAAUGUCCGACGAGGACUUGUGGUUCGAGCUACAUUACGGUCUUCUAUACGCUACCACGAAACUUCCGUCGGAGCCCGUCGUUUUGCGGCAUCCACGGCACUCCGUGCAUCAGUACAACAUGUACUUUAACGACGGGUCUGGUAUUGACGACGGUGUCUUCAACGCCAAGACAAGAAGAUUGGUCAGAGACACGGUCAUGAGGCUAGAUUGGCGACUGGACCCAUUCAUUAAAGCAGGCGGUCAUCCAAUAGCCUUGCGAACAACCGUUACGUCGGAUCAUCUGGCCGCAUACCGGAAGAUACGUAAAGUCAUCAUAGGUGAUGAGAGCAACACAGACGUGGAGAGUCAUAGCGAGCGCUUGCAAUUCCUCAUGGACCUAGCGGCAAAGUUACAUCCAAAUCUAGCCUCACCGCCUAUGCAGUCUACUGAUGUGUUAGCACCAGUGGAAGCGUUCUCCAAAAGCCUCUGGACCGAAAUGGAACGUCACGCCCUCUGGCGCGCCAUCAACAGGUGGUGCAAGGAUAAUGGUGUAGAUCAAUUUGAAUCAGGCAACAUAGGCAUAGUCACAUGUCAGACUUUUGCUGACGAUAUCAAAGCAGAUUGCGCGAUUAGAGGUAGAGGAUCAGAGCGCAGUGCAGAGAGCGUCCAAAGCCAAGUAAAAGACGCGAUACGGAGGAACAAGACGAGAGCGAACAAGCCGAUCACGGAGCUGGCCUUGCGUGCAAAGGCAAUGAAAAAGAAACUCAAUGACAAAGGCGUCGACUCUGUCCCAAAGAGCGAAAGGUUUCCGAAAGCAGCCAUUGAUAUCCCAGGGGAUGAUGAGUCGGACACUGAUAAGAUAGGUUCUGCAAGUGUUCAGGAUGAAGGAGGCCAGUAUGGCGUUACCUUCGAUCAAUACACGGAGUUUAUCACCAUGACCGACAACCUCGAUACUUCAGCCGCCCCGCCCGCCGAAUGGAACGCAGAUCAGCGCUCCUGGAUUCAACUCUACUACAAGCUACUUUUGGAAACCAUACGCCGAUACCCAACUUUCCCGGUCUGCACUAGUGAUAACGUAGCUGCAAUUGCUCAUCGAAUGUUCUACCGCAGCCCUGAAGAGAGGCAAAAUGGCAUCCAUCUACACUCUGUAGAAGACGAAGCGAUCUACAAGGCCUCGUUUAUUCGCUACCGGAACGCCGCGAUGCCGAAUCUACUGUCCCAAGUUGUGCAACUCUGCACCGAAACUACCGAGUUGGACUCUCGUUGCAGCGUACCUCAGGUCUUCAUCAACAGGCCCAUGCUAGACGAAUACAUCAGGAUCAGCGGGACGUAUGCAGGUGGCCUAGAAACCGAUACUCCACAGCCUUGGGAGUCGCAGACUGCUCUCUGGGAGUUCAUCUCAAAGGCAGUAAGCGAGAAGUUCAUUCAUCGUGGGGUUCUGCGCAGCCAGGAUACUGUUGUGCAGUCGUUCGAUCGAGUCACUCUGGGCAGCGGAAAUUUCCCAACACCGCCCUCCGACGACGAGCGCGCAGAGUUGAUGCUGUUUCAGCGACUCAUUCAGCGUCGACUGGCUAGAGCUGACGAUGACGAUCCAUCGAUGGCAUAG